AUGGAGAACGAGACUUUGAGCAGGCCCACAAGCUUUCCAUCGUCUGAAUAUCCCAUCGUACAAACGGAUAUCGUCUUUCUCGCCAAGGAAAAGUUAUACGAGACAGUGAAGCCAUAUAGCGUACGAUACAGAGCCAAGCAGAUUCCUCCGUCUAACAUCAUACCUCACCAUGUCAACAUCCAAGUUCGAGAUGUUCGCACAUCGCUGGAUCAGCUGUCACUUGACCGGAACGGAUUUGAAGUGCACGAUUUCCACACCACACUGGCAUACGAAGACUUCGACGAUAAAGACCGGCUCGAGGAUGUCUACCUUGCAGAGAUCCGCGCUCACUUGUUGAGCUCGCUGAAGGCUAAGAAUGUCAUCACAUUGAACUACACGCUGAGGAAACGCCAUGCCAGCUUCCCAAUAUCUACGGGCUUACCUUACGAGCAUGGUCAGCCCGUCCUCUUUGCUCAUAUAGAUUCGACCUAUGAGGAUGUGAAGAAGCUGUUGGAAGAAUUGUAUCCUACAUGCUUCCAGGACAUACAGCGAGGACGCUACCAGGUCAUCACGGCUUGGAAACCAUUGCAUGGUCCAGUACGAGACUGGCCAUUGGCCGUAUGCGAUACGGCAUCCGUGAAUUAUGACGAAGACAUCACACAUGCUGAUGUGGUCAAGCAAGCCAGAGUCUCCGAGAACUGCCUGGUGCAUCAUCAUCCAGCACAAAAAUGGUGUUACAUCGGUGACCAGGCAGAAUCUGGACUCUUGCUGAUCAAGUCUAUGGACUCGAAUCCAUCGCACGCUAACGCAUGCCCACACACCGCAUUCCCAAUCCCAUCCGAGCCAGCGUCGAGGCCGCGGGAGAGCAAAGAUGUCAAGACUAUCGUAAUGUAUGCAGACAUGGACUAUCCGGACGUCGAGAUGUGA